CAUGCGGUUAAUCCCAAAAGGAUGCGGUUUUUUGUUGUUGUUUGAUUGCGUCGUUGAUCCACUCUUUCGUAUAAAAGCGACACUUCCACACGCUCUUUAAGUAAGUUUCGUUGUGAAGUGUUGUCGGAAGCGAGUACAAAAUAAAAAUGCGAACCAAAUUAUCGCUUUUUCUGCUGUGCUUCUGCCACACUGCUCUGGCCACGGUGAGCGUCGCAGCAAAUGCAUCCGUUCCGGCAACGGCACCAUCCGGAUUUGGCUUCGAAAUGUUGCUGGCAAAGUUGACCUCCCUCGAGUACCAUUUCAUCGAGAAGCAGCUACAGUCCGAGGAGAGGAUCACCACUCUAAGCACCCGCAUCGAUAGUCUCGUAAAGGCGGUGGAAAACUUAGCCUGGAUUGCGCAGCAAACCGCCACAACGGUCACGCUGCUCGGGCUGAGCGACCAGCACGCGCAGCAAAACUUUACCGUCCUGCAGCGCGAUGUUACCGAGCUGCUGGCCAAACAGCACCAUCUCGUAACGAAGGACCAGCUUGGCGAGUAUUUGCUGAAGCGUAACGCAACCUGCAGCAUGGCGCCCGCUUUGCCGCUCUCCGGUGAUAAGCAGUCGGCGGCGUAUCCGUCCUGCGGCAAGGUCCCGUUCGCAGUGUCCGGUGUGUACCAGAUACGGCCCGAGUUUCCCUUCAAGGAACCGAUCACGGUGCGGUGCGACCAGGAGUACGAGUCGGGCGGGUGGGUUGUGAUUCAGCAGCGGUUCGACGGUUCGGUCAACUUCUACCGGGCCUGGGACGAGUACUACGAAGGGUUCGGCAAUCUGAACGGCGAGUUUUGGCUGGGCCUGGGGCACAUCCAUCAGCUAACCGAGUCGGCACCGCACGAGCUGGCGAUCCUGCUGGAGGAUUUCGAGGGCAACCGGACGGUGGCCCGGUACGAGCGGUUUGCGAUCGGCAAUGUGGGCCAAAAGUUUGCGCUGCUCGUAAUUGACGGCUACAGCGGUACGGCCGGCGACUCGUUGAGCGAUUUGAAGGGGAUGCCCUUUACGACGAAAGAUGAGGACCGAGAUGCAUCGAAUGAGAACUGUGCGGUCACCUACACUGGCGCAUGGUGGUAUAGAGCCUGCCAUCAAAGCAACUUGAACGGAAAGUAUUUGCGAGGUGAAACGAAAGAGUUCGCCACGAGCAUGGUUUGGAAAUCGUUCCGUGGGUACCAUUACUCGCUCAAGUCGUCGAAGAUGAUGAUAAGACCGAAGUUAAUGACAUGAUAUCAAUGUUUAUUUAAAAUAAAACUCAAUUGGCAAACUUUCAGAAAAUUAAAAAA